AUGCGAUCUGGUGUUAGUAGCUUUAUUGUUGCAGCUACCGAGUUUCAACGAAUUUUUGUCUUCAUUAAGGAGACAGUGGUUUUUGCUAUUGCUACUAUCAUAACCUUUUAUGAUGUAAUUUGUCGUGAUCAGUUGUGUAGGGAAAGUCACGGGGGCUCUAGGGUUUGUGAAACGGCUGCGCCAUUAUACUGCGUUUCCCAUGUUUGCACCGAGGUGUAG